GGAAGGAAGUUUAAGCUGUCCGAACCUGCAGUACACACUCCGUCGCAGUAGGUGGCGCUUGAAAUAGUGACAGAGCUGAGUUAAAAGGCGAGGUUUGUGCGACGAAGAAGGUAAACUAAGCUGUGUCGCAGAUUUAUCCACUCGACGGACGGUCGGUCGUUGGACAUUAACAUACUUAGAAAGAUGUCCCGGCCACACUUUGGUCCAUCUCGCUCAAAGUCCAGACCAUAUGGAGAUCACCAUGGCCUAAGGCACAGAGAAGGAAAUUACAACCCAAAUGUCAAAAGGAGAGAUGCCCAAGGUUAUGCAGAAAGGCCCCCCUUUAACUGGAGAGAGUCCAGAGGUCGAGGUCGAGGUCGCCCCCGUGGCAUUAAGAGGAUGCCUCUGAUGGGAGAGCUAAGGGAGCCACGUUUCAAUCACUCCAGAUCCCCAAGUCACGAUUCCUUUCAUACAUAUCCACCUAAGAUGGAUUCAUACGAUCACCAGAGGAGGCCCAGUUCAUCCAGGCCAAAUCGGCCUCCCCGUGGCCAGCAUCACUCAUCCUCUCGCAGUCCACGACCGGGAUCCCCAGGUCGAAGAGGCCCGCCCUUCCCUGGCCAGCACCAAGGGCACAGGCCAUCCUCCCCCAGACAUUUUCCCAGUCACCCAGCUGACAGGAGACCAAGCUCCUCCCAGGAGUAUCGGGGGUCUUUCAGGGGCCACAGAAGACAGUCACGUUUCCCCCAUCACGAGCAGCAGAGUCAGGAUCACCGUCGCAGUUACAGUCCCAGAGAAAGGCCCUUUGAUCAUUCAGGUCAAGGCACGAAGCGCUGGAACGAGGGAGGAGGGUUCUCCAGUCCAAACAAUGGAGAACACAGGCCCCCUAGGUCGAACAGGAGUCCCAGAGAAAUGAAUGAGAGAGGCUCGUGUCCAGAGAGGUGGUCAUCAGAGCAACAGUCGAGGCGGCAGCGUGGUCCAGUGGAGAGGCAGGGCAGCAGGUCCCACAGUAGAGAGAGGACACAUGAAGUCCCUCAUCAGCUCCCUUUCAGACCCUCAUGGAAAGGAGGUCCAUCACAGCCAUCCACCUACAGCAGGAGCCCUCAGGACAGACAGUUGGUGUCCCGCAAGAGGAGGAUAUGCAAUGUCACUGACAUGGAGCCUUCAUCAGCCCCUGGAAAUGCUAAAUUUCCCAGGAGGGACAGACCUCAGCUCUUCAGUAUUCCGAGGCCAUUUGGUGCAAAACCAUUGUCCCUCAGGGGAAAAGGUUAUUUCAUGAGGAACCGACAAAUGAGAGCGCAGUCUCUUAUGAGGCUCAGAAUACCUCCCACAAUCAGACCCAGGCCUCAACUGGGCAACCCCUCCCCAAGAGGCAACUUUGGUCCACUGUUUGCCUUCAGAAACAGGCGUUUCCAGACAAGACCAGGUCCUUUCCAAAGGCUGGGUCCACGGAGGGAAAAACCAGAAGAGUCACCCUCCAGAGAAGAUGGCGGUGGGAGCAAGUCUUCAAGAGACUCUGUCUCAGACAAAGAGCAGGUGGAGUCUCGUCGGUCCGUGAACCCGCACAGAUCUUCUCCCAUAGAGAAACGUGAUCUGGUGGUCUUGUCUCACUGGCCACCAGGACCGAGCUCCUCCAAGAACAGCUCGCCCCCUAAAGAUAACAGCCCCGACAAAGAAUGCAGCGCAGAUUCAGACGAGUCACCAAACAGUCGACUCUCAAAGACGCAUCAUUCCAGACCAGAGCCAGAAGAUCGGAAACGAGGAUAUCUGGACAAACGAGUCUUCAGGUCCUUCAACACGAUGCAGGACAGUCCCAGGUCUGGGAGACCUUUCAGAAGACCAGGACCAGUUCUAUUUCAAAGACAAAGAUAUCCUGGUGGUCCCAGGAACUCAGGCCCUGAAAUGUCAGGAAACGGGAGAAGACCCCUCAUGGAGAACUUGGUUCCACGUCCUUUCCCCAAUCAACGCCAAGUGAUACGGAAAAGUCAGAGCAUAAUGACCAAGUACCGCCACAUCAGAGUGAUGCGACAGCAACGUGCACCGUACAACUGAGAGGCUCCAGCAGCAGCAGCUCUGGGACAAACGGCUCAGGCCUGUCUACAGACGCCAGACUGGAGGAACCCACAAGACGGUGUCUGCUGUGGACUGUGCACCAGCUUCCCCUUCCCCCCCCAUCACGAUCUUUGUAUAUAACACACAUGUUGCUUACGUUUCUGCUACUGCUGUUGAACUAGUGGUACUGCAGUACUUUUGUUUUACAUGGUAUUACACACUAAAGUCUAUUACUUUUCCGGUUUACCCUGAUUUUGGGAAAUAGUUUUUUGAAAUUAUGAUGUUAGCUGACUGUUUUUCAGUUGUUUGGUUUUGUUUUUUUUCCCCCGUUUUUGCUUUUUUGCGCAUGUGGAUAAGGAACCUGCUUUCAACUGACAUGACGGCUUCAUCUUGUAAAACUUGUAUAAUUAUCAGUUUGAAAAACUUGGAAAUAAACAUUAUUUAAAAAAA